UUCACUUUAUUACAAAAGGAGUAAAGCUGUCAACUUUUAUUUUGAAAAUACUGUUUUUUCCUUCCUGUCACGGCUUCCGUAGAGUCAAACCGUAAUACCGGAUGUAGACGCGCGGUUACAUUUUCUACUGAAGCUGGAUUUACUCCGGAGAACUUCAACAAGUAAAACAAAUAUUGGUUUAUUUACUUUUCUGUUAAAACAUUUGUUCAGUUUUUAUUUAACAGGAUUAUUUGUGAUGUUUUAGACGGAUUUGAAGAGGUUUAUCUCUUUAAGACACUUUGUAACUUCCCUUUAUGUCCUCAUGGGUCAGAGGACAGGAAGGUCCAGAGGACAGGAAGGUCCAGAGGACAGGAAGGUCCAGAGGACAGGAAGGUCCAGCAGGUGAGAUGGACAGGAGGACACGGAUGUCUUCAGAGUCUCGCGGCUGUUUUCGGAACCUCUUCACGGUGGUUCUGGUCUUGGUUCGAGUUCACGGUCAGGUGGUUCUGGUCCCACCGACCCAGGUGCACCUGGACGGGUCCCAGCUGACCUGGACCCGGGGCUCAGAGGAGUCCAGCAUCACCUACACAGUGGAGUAUCUGAGGCCGGGCUCAGAGAAGUGGGACGUGGAUCCAGACUGUCUCAGCACAGCRCUCACCUCCUGUAGUCCCGGUUCGGUCCGGUCCGUGUCUCGGCCCGGAGAGGACUGCGUUCAGCUGCGUGUUCGAGCUGAGCGAGCCGGGUCGCAGUCAGAACCGGUCCACGCCUGCAGCAGUUCAGGUGGGCCGUGUUCUCCUCGGGUCCAGCUGACUGCAGGGCCCGGUUCUGUGACGGUCCACCUGAACAGGAACCACAGCCUGUUCCUGGACCACGCGGCCCACGCUGAGUACCGGGUUUACUUUGGACCGGAGGGACAGGAGCUGCAGGAACACAAGAACUCACACUCCUCCACCAUGAUCCAGAACCUGGAAGCGGGUCGGCGGUACUGUGUCAAGGUCCAGUUCACGCUGCAUGAUGARGUCAUCGGACCCUCCAGCUGUGUCCAGUGUCAGACCGUCCCUGGGUCCAGCGGACCGACCCGAACAACAGCCAUAACAGUGGUGGUGGUGGUGGUGGUCCUGGUUCUGCUCCUCGUCGGGUUCUUCUARGUUGUCAUCUGCAAACAGAAGAGGAUCAAAGAGGUUCUGAGACCCCCGAUCACCAUCCCAAAG